AUGUCUCGAAAUAUGGAUCAGAAGCUGUUAGGGCGUUACACGCGCGACUCUGAGUUCGCCGGCGGAUACGAAAUCGUGGUGCCGAGGAAAGUCAGGUCGGAUGGAAAGUUCGUGUCGCAUCAAAUACCUCAUCACUUCAAACGUUCCUUCUACGCGGCUCGAACGAGGACAGAUACGAUUCCCGACGACGCUGUUCACUACCGUUUGCAAAUCGACGACGAGGAACACCACCUCGAGCUUCGACCGAAUCAUCGUCUCGUCGCUCCAGGUGCUGUUAUCGAAGAGCACACGGAGCCAAAGAGUCCCACGACCGAGUACAACAACGAUUUCUUGGAUAAUUCAAAAUUGCAACGAAUGCGUGACUCCCAGUGCCAUUAUCAGGGACGCGUUCACGGCCAAUCGGAGAACAGUGCCCUGUCCACGUGCUAUGGUCUCGCCGGAUACAUUAGAACGAAACGAUCGUGGUAUACGAUCGAGCCGGUGGCGGGUCACGACUUCACCAAAGAAGCGGAGUACCCGCAUGUCGUUUACAAAAAGAGGCCGGACGAAUCCGGGACGAACGUUGGGAUUCUUUGUAACGUCACCGGCAGUGCAACCAAAACCAUUGCCAAGCGUGCUUUCAGCACCCAGAAAAGGCACCCACCUAACAACCAAGACAGAUCCUACACACUGGAGCUGCUGCUGGUACUAGACAAGCCCUUUCUCGAUUAUCACCAGGACUUUGACGUCGAGAAUUACGUAUUGACGCUGCUCAAUAUGGCUGCAGGAUUGCUGCACGACGAUAGCUUAGGAGUGCUGAUGGAAUUGAGCAUCGUUAGGAUCAUUAGAAUGCACGUUCAAGACGACGAGGUAUCACGAAUGGAACUAGCGGUAAACAAAGACGCGGAUAAAACGCUGAAAUAUUUUCAAACGUGGCAAGAAAUCAUCAAUCCAGGUGACGAUUCUCAUCCUAACCACCACGAUUGCGCGGUUCUCCUUGCAAAGACUAACAUCUGCGAAUCAACGAGCCUGUGCGGCUUCACCGGUACUUCGACGAUCGAUGGAACUUGCGAUCCACGAAAAGCCGCUGCGAUCGUGAGGGACGUUGGCUUACAAACAGGAUAUCACAUAACUCAUCACAUUGGGCAUACAUUGGGCAUGUCUCACGAUAUCUACGAGGAAAAUGGUUGCCAUGGCGUGAUUCGCCAUGGUAGUAGAUACAUAGAAACUACGAUCAUGUACCCUGGGAGCCCGUACGUUACCAAAAGGUGGUCCAAGUGCUCGAGGAAGUCUCUGAAAUCGUACAUUGAAGAAGGUCGAGGAUUUUGCUUGGAGGACGAACCUCAGGAUCAUGAUUUCCCCGUCAUCGAACUACUUCCUGGAGUAAUGUACAACGGGGAUGACCAGUGUCGGCUACUGUAUCAUCAGGACGCGCGUCAAUGCGACUUAGGAAUCUGGUGUUACGAAAUGAAAUGCCUGAUGGUCGGCGAACGUCCAGGGGCCGUGGACGGCGGUUGGGGCGGCUGGUCGCCUUGGAGUCGAUGCUCCCGAAGUUGCGGUUCCGGCGUGGCUUUCUCGAUCAGACGAUGCAAUAGUCCGUCGCCGUCCAAUGGCGGAACUUACUGUUACGGGGACCGAAAACGCCAUAAAAUUUGCGCCUCUAUCCCCUGCGACACGGACGCGCCGUCGUUUCGCGACGUUCAGUGCUCGGAGUUUAAUAACUGGAUCUUCCCGGAAGACGGCAAAGUUCACCGAUGGACGACUUACAAUCUGCCAGAGAGUAACUACCGCGUCGCGAACGAUCCGCCAGCGUCUACCGAUAGUUCCCUAAUGGACUCGAUUGACCGCAAAACAGAUCUGAGGGCUUCCGAAAAUCCCUGCUCCCUUUAUUGCCUGAGCGAGACCAACUUGGUGGCGUCCCUGAGACCGAAAGUCAUCGAUGGCACCACCUGCUACAGAGGCAUACGGGAUAUUUGCAUAGGAGGGCUCUGCAAAGGAAUACCCUGUGAUCUGAAUAUGGAGUCGAACGCCGUCGAAGACGCGUGCGGCGUUUGCAAGGGCAACGGAACUUCCUGCAAACCGAUCCAAGGGACCAUAACGAUCGAGGCGGCGUCUCAACCGAAGAAAAUAAUAGACGUCCCGGCUGGAUCGACGAACGUUCGGAUCGAAGAACUCGAACCCACGAGAUCCAGGAUAAUGGUGCGAACCGCGGAUAGGAAACCGUUGAUCGAUGGAGAUCGUUUAGGAAUGUUCGAGGUGGCGGGCACGAAGGCGUGGCUAGGAACAAUAAGACCGAACCAGGAGGCUCUCAACAUACCAGGGCCCGUCAUGGCGGACUUGGCUGUAUUGAUUCUACCGAAAGAGAACGCGACGGUGAAGUAUUCGUUGGGUCUGAAAGAAAAGAGCCCUCGUAAGGCGGAAUUCGCGUGGGGAUUCGUCGACUGGGAAGAGUGCAGCGCGAAUUGCGGGCCCGGUGAACAGAUUUCCAAGCCCCGUUGCCUGGAAAAACUCGCCGGGUUGGUGGAUGACUCGUUUUGCAAGAACGUUGCGAAACCAGAGGCAAAAGUCAAACCAUGUCAUCGAGCGCCCUGCUUACCGAGAUGGAUGAUCGGUGACUGGCAAGGCUGUGCAUCUUGCGUUCCCGACUGCGAGAGGAGACGAGCCGUCAAAUGCGUGCGUCCCGUUGGCUACGCCGAGCAGGAUGUAGAUAUUAUCGCCGACAGCUAUUGUCACGGACCGAAACCGAAGGAUCGAGAGUCCUGUGGCGGUCGUCGGAGACGGGACGAUGUCCUGGCACGCCAAGGGAAGAACAAAAUUGAGCAAACUACAGAAAAUGCGUCCGGAAAACACCAACGCGAGACAACGAAAUCGCAAGACGCGAAGGAGAACGAAGCGAUAGUCGACAAGGAGAAUAUCGGUAACUUAACGCUGACAAUUUUCUUGGAACGCGACGAAGAGAAUGGCGCGAUUAACUUUCCGAAGGACUUUGAACCUCAACCUCCUGCGAACAGUACAGUGUUUACUUUGGUUGGAAUGGACGCGGUUAGGUAUAUAGAGAAAAUACAGGAGGACAGAGUCGGUUCCAAAUAA